AUGGAUAUCACAGGGUUUGGAACGUUGCUCCUUCUGCUCAUAACCAGCAUUUUCAUCUAUAUGACAUGGAACAAAAUGUACAAGAAACGUAACCUUCCUCCAGGUCCAACGCCUCUACCGCUGAUUGGAAAUUUGCUUCAACUAAAGUUAGGUGAAAUGGCUGGAUCACUUAUGAAGCUUUGGGAUCAGUAUGGUCCAGUCUAUACAUUAUACUUUGGCUCACGGCCUGUGGUUUGCAUUUGUGGAUAUCAGGCAGUGAAGGAAGCCCUUGUUGACCAUGCAGAAGAAUUUGGAAUACGUGGAAGAGUUCCUACAAUUGACAAAUUUACACAGGGAUAUGGAUUUGCUUUUGCUAAUGGGGAAUGCUGGAAGGAAAUGCGAUCCUUUUCAUUAAAAACCCUCAGAGACUUUGGACUUGGGAAGAAAAGCACAGAGGUGAAGAUUCAGGAGGAGGCACAGAAUCUGGUGAUGGAAAUAAAAAAAAUAAGCGGUUUACAAGUAGACCCAUCGAAAAUUAUCCUGGAGGCUGUAUCCAAUGUAGUUUGCUCUUUUAUAUUUGGGAAUAGCCUUGAUUACAAAGAUGAGAGGUUCUUAAAGCUACGCACUUUUUCAGAGGAGACCUUUUAUCUUAUGACUUCAACUUGGGGACAGCUGGAGGACGUGCUUCCUGAGCUAAUGAAAUACAUUCCAGGGCCACACAAAAAGAUCUAUGAUGUAUCAGAAGAACUGAUUGGCUAUAUACAAGACAGAGUAUCACUCAACCAGAAAUCACUAGAUCCUGACAAUCCCAGAGAUUUUAUUGAUUGCUUCCUUAUCAAAAUGGAACAGGAAAAACAGAAUCCUAAGUCUCAGUUCACCAUAAGAAAUCUUUUGAUAACAGUUCACAACUUACUUCUUGGAGGGAUGGAUACUGUCCCCACCACAUUAAAGCAUGCUCUCUUAAUACUAGUGACAUAUCCUGAGAUACAAGCCAAACUUCAAACGGAAAUUGAUAAGGUGAUUGGAAGAGACAGACUUCCCCUGUUAUCUGACCGGAGUAAGAUGCCUUAUACAGAAGCUGUCAUCAAUGAGGUCCAGAGAUUUGCUGAUAUUGGUCCACUGAAUAUCACACAUUCAGUGUCAAAAGACACCCAGUUCCGAGGAUAUACCAUUCCCAAGGGCAUUGACGUCUACCCAUUGCUCUGUACUGUUCACCGUGAUCCCAGCCAAUUCUCUACACCGUACAAAUUCAACCCCAACCACUUCCUGGAUGAGAAUGGUGGAUUCAAGAAGAAUGAUGCUAUGAUGGCUUUUUCUGCAGGAAAGCGGAAAUGUCCCGGGGAAGGACUUGCUCUAAUACAGCUCUUUGUGUUCCUCACCACCAUCCUGCAAAACUUCACCCUGACCUCAGAGACAAAGUUUACUGAUGACGAUAUUGCCCCAAAAUUAACUGGAUUUUUGAAUCACCCCAUAUCUUUUCAACUCUCCUUUAUUGCACGAUAAUAUUUUUCUUUUCCUUCAAAAAGUCAUUUACUUUUCAAAGUAUCUAAAUUUUUUGCCUAUUAGUUUUAUUUUAGUUGCUGAUGCCCUUGUACGUUAUUAAAGGAAUAGUCUAAUCAAAAUUAAACUGACGUGCAAACACAGGCAAUAACAGACAGAGACAUGCACUCACAGGCAGUAAUAGACAGAGACAUGCACAAACAGGUAGUAAUAGACAGGGACAUGCACUCACAGGCAGUAAUAGACAGAGACAUGCACACAUAGGCAGUAAUAGACAGAGACAUGCACACACAGGCAGGGAUAGAUAUGCAUACACACACAUAGGCAGGCAGUAAUAUGCAUAUACAUGCACACAAAGACAGGGAUAGAUAGUGUUGAAAAUAAUAAGCAAUAUCUGUCUCUGUUUUUUGCAGUGCCUUGUGAGGUCUGAAUGGGUUAAUUUGUAUGUGGGCAUUAUUAGUCAGGAGGGCCACUCUGGUAAAUGGGACCAUAAAAUAUAGCUAGUUCUGAGAGUGUCUGUUUAUUUUUUCUAAAUCUAAUCUCUUUCUAUCAUUGUUUAAAUCCUUGCAUUCCAGCUAGUAUCAGUAAAAACUUAAGUUUCCUUGUUAUCUUGAUAUGCCAAAUAUAUGAAUGUAUGUACACAACUCAUUGUAAACAUUGGGAAUGUGUCUAGUUCAUCCCUGACCUUUGUUUUUUUUUGUAUUGUCAAAACACAGUAAAACCUACAAUUCUGAAGUGUAGAACUAUUAUUUACUUAUGUUGUAACCAUAUUUUUUAAAACCCUUGCAUUGUUUAGCUAGCUAAUCAUAAACUGUAAAUAGCCUAGAUGUGGAAUGUAUAAAUACAUGGGAAGGGGACUGACCCCCUCAGAGAAAACUUUGUAUUGUUUCUCUCCAUACUGCAGUGUGUAAUCAAUAAACAAACUCUUUUUAACCUG